GUUAAUGAGGAGAGCUGCCUUCUAUGUCCAGCUCCUCUACUAUUGGUCAAUAGAGCUUUGGAAUCAACGUCACUGCAUCAAACGUUGUGGGGCGUUUAGGUCGCUCGGUGCCGAGGAAGGUAACCAACCAGGGCUUCAUUGGAGAUGGACAGAGACAGCUCAACCACAGACGCCUCUCAGCUGGGCAUGACUGGAGAAUACAUGGCGUCCAGUCAUUAUGUUCUCCACCCCCAGGACGAUGAUGGAGAAGAGAACAUGAAUGACCAUGAAGACAACGGAACCAAGGAGAACUACAGGGAACAGGACAUUUACCUCCCUAUUGCUAACGUGGCUCGCAUCAUGAAGAACACUGUGCAGGAGUGUGUGAGCGAGUUCAUCAGCUUCAUCACGUCGGAAGCCAGUGAGCGCUACCACCACGAGAAGAGGAAGACCAUCAACAGGGAGGACUUCCUGUUCGCCGUGUCCAGGCUGGGCUUCAACAUGUAUGUCGACCCCCUCAAGCUCUACCUGCAGAAGUUCAGAGAGGCGAUGAAGGGGAAGAUGGGGAUGCCGAGGGUGGCAGUGGGAGAAAGUCUGGGUGAGGAUCUGACAGACGACGGCUUUGCCAAUCCGCUUCCAGCUGGGACUAUCACAGCAGAUGGUCAGCAGCAGAAUGUCAUGGUGUACACCACCACUGCAUACCCACAGAUUCCCACCGUACAGCAGAUCCAGUUUUCAUGACGAGCGCCAACACCAGGCCCUCCUGCUGGGCUUUUACCCGGGACUCGUGCUCACCUGAUGACCUCUGACCCUUCCGCUUGGAAAGGUCAUCCAGUCGACUGGAAGGGAAGCAUUCGGAGAAGCCCUCAUGUACAGAGAAAUCACUACUGCCCCUUUUCCACUGGCUCUACUUCAACAACCCGGCUCGGCUCGGCUCUGUUUCGGAGUGACCGCGUUUCCACCGGCCUACUUGGCUCUGUUGCAGGGUACCGCCUCCUGGUGGCGGGGGGGGUGUAGCGCCCGGCCUCCAGGAGCUACCUGCUGUGCUUCGUUACAUGCGACCUAACGCGAGUUGUUGUUUUUCUGAUACAAAAGAAGAAGAGAGAGCUGAGCUAUUUUUUA